AUGCCCAGAUGGUAUUUCAGCGGUAACUUCGAACCGAUACAGCGCCAGCGGGAUCUGACUUCCUGUCCCUACUCCGGCUCAAUCCCCGCUGAGCUCAUAGGCGGCCAAUAUGUACGAAAUGGCGGCAACCCUCAGGGGAUGCCCCAGAAUGACGAGCGCUCGCACUGGUGGGAUGGGGAUGGCAUGCUGUCCGGUGUCUACUUUAAGCAGCUGGAAGGCGAAAAAAGCAGAUCCGAGCCACAAUUUGUGAACCAGUACUUGCUGACCGACGUCUAUCUCGCCGCUCGGUCGAUGCCGAAGGGAUUUUCCCCUCCGGUGCUCAGCUUGAGCGUCAUGCUCGAUCCUUGCAUUUCAAUCUUCGCUUUCGUGUGCGAGAUCGUGCGAUGCACAAUUCUGAUCAUCUGGUCACACAUCAGCCCGUUGGUGCCAGCAAUCCGUAAUAUCAGCGUUGCAAACACCUCUAUUUCCUUUCACGAUGGUAGAGCUCUAGCGCACUGUCAAAGCGGGCCACCAUUAAGAGUCUUAUUGCCAAGCUUACAGACGGUCGGUUGGUUCAAUGGUGUAUCGGCAGAGGGAGAGCCCGAGAGCCAUCCUUCUUUCGAGGAGAUCAUUGGUGGAAAGGGCCCGUUGGGAUUUUUGAAAAACUGGGCUACAUCCCAUCCCAAAGUUGAUCCCGAUAGUCACCAAAUGAUUUCCUUUCAGUCCUCAUUCUUGCCACCCUUUGUCUGGUAUACUGUGAUUCCCGAGCAAGAACAUUACCCAGGAAAAGCCGGUUCUUAUUCGAGAUUGAUGAAUGCACCAAUCCCCGGAGUGACGAGCCCUAAGCUGAUGCACGACUUUGGCGUUUCGGGGACCCAUACCGUCAUACUUGAUCUUCCACUCUCCUUGAACCCCUUGAAUACGAUCAAGGGAAAGCCCCCAGUUCAGUACGAUUCACAGUUUCAAUCGCGCUUUGGAAUAUUUCCAAGAAUGGAGCCUCAACAGAUACGGUGGUACGAGUCAGACCCUUGUCUCAUCUUCCAUACUGCAAACACUUGGGAUGGUGUCGAGACCUCUGGCUCUUCCAAAGAAAAUGUGAAGGUGGUGAAUAUGCUCGCCUGCCGCACGACCACGCCCGCAGUACUCUAUUGUGCAGGUUCGUCGGGCUAUCCGCGCGAUGCUCACUACCUGGAUCAAGGCCACGAUGCGUGUAGCUUGUAUUAUUACUGUUUCAACGUCUCCGAUCCAGUACAAAACACCAUCAUGCACGAGUGGGCUUUGUCCGCAAUCCCGUUCGAAUUUCCCAUUGUGGCACCCAAUCGAGCGAUGAAAGACGCACGUUUCAUUUACGGUUGCUCGACCACCGAUCCAAAGCUGACCGCAAGCAUUGGACAAGGUGUCAAGAUUGACUGCCUCGUCAAAAUGGAUGUGCGGAAAUUGAUUCAAACAGGUCUGAAGAAAAUGCCAACACCCAAAGUGGGGUGUGUUGAUACUCGAAGCAUACAAGAUAUCAUCGCCAGCAAGGACAAUGACGACCCGAUCCGAGUUUUCCAGGCUCCAAAGGGCUGGUACACUCAAGAGGCUUCGUUUGUCCCCCGUGCAAAUGCCACACGAGAGGAUGACGGCUUUCUUCUGGCGUUCUUGUUCGACGAGUCUCAGCUACGUGACGACGGAAGUUGCCCAUUAAACGCUCGCAGUGAGCUGUGGGUAAUUGACGCCCUUGAUAUGAAGACUGUCAUUGCACGAAUUCUGCUUCCGCAAAGAGUGCCGUAUGGCUUUCACGGUCACUGGUUUUCUCGAGAAGACAUUGAAAAACAACGGUCUGUCAAGUCAUUGCGACGGGGUCCCGACUGA